AAACAGCAGGGACAUUGUGUCGCCCCUUUCUCGUCCUCCACCGGCGCUUUCUCGUGUAAGCAUUUCCAAAGUUUUUGUAUAACACGACUUUCCGAUAACUUUCUUUUGGGGUCUUUUUGUGUUGGGAAGGAAUGUUCUCUAUUCAUGCCUUUCAAUUUUUUUGUUCUUGGGCUUCUUUUUCUUUUCUUUUUUUUUUGUGUAAUAGGGAACAAUGGUUCCACAGGUGGAAGCAGUCAGCUCCAUUGGGCUGCAUCGGCGAUGGCCUGAUGCACCCAACCCCCAACAUCUCAAUCUACUACCCGUUAUGGUUUCAGCUUAAUCAGGAUUCCUGGAAGAUCUUAGUUAAGUGGAGUUUUUAACUCAACCCCAAAGGUCUCAAGAUCUUCUGCACGAAGGAUAGGACGUACGUUGUCUGAUCUCCCAUGAUGGGGGCCGGUGGAAAUUAAUUCAUCAUAUUUCAUCUUAUCCAUUCUUCCACCUCGCUUGCUAUUAGUUAAUUCAUUGGCUGACAUUAGUCCCACACGGAGAACCCUUCCUAUUAGUUAAUUCAUUGGCUGACAUUAGUCCCACACGGAGAACCCUUCCUAGUAUUGACCGAGUCUCGAUCUGUAAGGACCACACAUACCAAUUAUUCAAAUCCAAUAACAAUUGCACGCGGUAUUAGAGCUAAUUAUUACUAGAAAAAAUGACCCAUCCAAUAUCCAUAUACACGGUCUUUUUAAUAAAUGUGGGGAGGACCGAUCCUUCAGCAACUUUUCCUCGGACAUCGAUAUAGGUGGGUCGUAUAGCCAAUGCUAUAAACCGCCGGCACCACUCGACUUGAAGAAUCACCGGAAAGAAAAGCAAUGCUAUAAACCGCCGGAACCACUCGACUUGAAGAAUCACCGGAAACAGCAGUGACAGUGUGUCCGUCCUGUUGGUGUAUGGAAGUUGAUUCAUACUGAACACUCAUUUGUAAUACCGUGGAUCCAACUUUUUCUUCCUGUAAGGGCAUAUAUGUCAUUUUGUACAAAUGCGAGUUUGCCCUAAUCCUUAUGUUUUGAGGAUGGCCGCCGCUUGAGUGUGUCUGUUCUGUGUGUUCAUAGAAGAAAGAGAAUACAAGAGAUCUGUGUGACCGUGGACGUAGAAGAUUAUUGCUCUGAACUUCUUCCUUGUUGCUUCUAACCCCCUCUUGAGAGUGCGUGAGGAAAGUUUAUUGUUGUUGUUCCUAACACGUUCAUUUUCCUCCACCACCGCCACUUUCUCAGGUAAACAUUCCAAAACAUUUUUUUGUAUAUAAUACUUUCCAUUGACUUUCUUUUGGGGCUUUUUUGUGCAGGGAUGUUACAUUCUCUGUUCCUGCCUUUUUCUUUUUCUUUUUUUUGUUUUGUUCUCUAAGGGCUUUGUUGUUAUUCCUUAAUUUUUUUGUAAUAGUGGAACAAUGGUUCCACAGUUGGAAGCAGGCAGCCCCAUUCGGGAACAUCGGCAAUGGCCCAACGCACCAAACCCUGAUGGACUACGUCGGCCAUUGCUCGACGCACAGGACCAUUCGCAUCUUAAAUGUUGAAUCUAAAGUUCUAAACCAUGUGGACUGAUAAAUAUUCUAGCGACUAUGGAAGCAAAGAAAAUUGGAAUAGUCCGUAUGGUUGUUUUGGUUUUAAGUGAUGAAUGUUAUGCUACUAUUAUCUGGAUUUACAUUCGAGAAACUAUUCAAAAUCAUUUGUUUUGAAUUAACAUUCAAAUCCAAUUGCAUACGAAUCAAACUCAGUAAAAAAACUGCAUGUGCUGCAACUUGUUGCGGCCAGUUUAAAAUGUUUACCAUAUUAACUUUACCAACUUUUCAAGUGUUAGUAUAUCCCCGACUUGUUACUUCCAUCCGAACCCUACUUCUUCAUCUUUCUUCUUCCAUCUUUUCUUUUCUCUUCUUUCUUCCUCCCAUCAGCAAUUUUCUGCAAAGCACUUCUUCAUUGUGUUUUUGGAGUGUCUGAAUAGCAUAUUGUUGCAUGUUUUUUUCAUCACAAGGAUGCAGGUAUCCUGCCUCUGCAGUUGCUCUUUCUAUAUCGCAACCACGAGUGACAUAAAUACAACAGCAAUGGCAGAAGAGGAGGAGAAGGAGAUUUGGGCCAUUUGGGAAGCUGUCAUAGGAGAAAAAUAUGAAUCUUACGAUCCUUCUACAUAUGAGUCGAAGUUGCAAAAAAAGUGCAUCUACAAAUGGCCUAACGACCUUGCCCUUACAUCAAGCAUGUCCAAGCACCGCACUCCUUACAUGGUAUCCCUUGGUCCUUACCACCAUGGGAAGAAGAACCUACAGCCCAUGGAGCAUCACAAACAGAGAGCUCUCUACCGGAUCCUCAAUAGGAGCGGGGUUUCACUCACUAGCUUCAUUGAGUCAUUGAAAGGCAUCGAGCAAGAACUUAGGGAUAGCUACGACAAUCUUGAUCCAAAGCUGUCAUCAGACAUUUACAGGAAGUGCUUGAUAACGCGCAUCACAACGGAACAACAGAGACGUCAACCAUGUCUGCAUGUCAUCCGCAAAGGACUUAAGCAGAUGCCAUUCGCCGUCCGCAACCUGGUCUUUAGGCUUUUAGGCAAACAAAUUUCCAAACCAGGAAACGUGCGAUCAGCAGUGAGGUUUAAUGAAGCAGGCGUUGAGUUCAGGACCGCGGAACUCUUUAGCGGGCUACAAAUGAAUUUUGACAUGGAAAGCGGAGUGCUCUCACUCUUCCAUACAUCAGUAUCCUGCCUCUGCGGUUGCUCUUUCUGUAUGGCAACCAUGAGAGACAUAAAUACAACAGCAAUGGCAGAAGAGAAGAAGAAGGACAAGGAGAUUUGGCCAAUUUGGGUCAUUGACAUAGAAAAAGAAUAUAAAUCUUAUGAUCCUGAUGAAUAUGAGUCAAAGUUGGAAAAAAAGUGCAUCUACAGAUGGCCCAAUAGCCUUGCCAUUACAUCAAGCAUGUCCAAGCACCGUACUCCUCACAUGGCAUCCCUUGGUCCCUACCACCAUGGGAAGCAGCACCUGCAGCCCAUGGAGCAUCACAAAAAGAGAGCGAAAUGGGAAGCUCACAUGACUGUGGCUUUACGGGACAUGCUGUUGCUAGAAAACCAAAUCCCACUCCUUGUCCUAAGAAAAUUAGUCGAGGUAGGGAAAUUGUGCGAGGUCAACAGUGACGCAUAUCUCAAUCAAUUGAUCACACGAAUUUAUCGGUUGUCCCAAAUUGUUGCUUCUAAUAAUUUUCGUAUUUCAGAGAUUUACCUUGAAUUGAUCUCUGAAUUGAUCUCACAAAUUUUAGGGUUGAACCAAAUGGAUGGUUCAAGUUUACAUAUUUUAGAUAUUUACAGGAACUGCUUGAUAAGGGGCAUCACAACGGAACAACAGAGAACUCCUGAUGAAGAAGGCUUCAUCAAGUCUGUUUGCAUGCAUUGUCAACCAUGGCUGCAUGUCAUCGGCAAAGGACUUAAGCAGAUGCCAUUCGCCGUCCCCAUCCUGGUCUUUAGGUUUUUAGGCAAACAAAUUUCCAAACCAGGAAACGUGCGAUCAGCAAUGAGGUUUCAUGAAGCAGGCGUUGAGUUCAAGAAAGCGGAACCCUGUAGCGGGCUAAAAAUUACUUUUGACCAAGAACAUGGAGUGCUUACUCUUCCAUUCAUCUUAAUAGAGGACCGCACGGCAGCAAUAUACAUGAACUUGAUGGCCUUCGAACGGAUGCACCCAAAUAUUCAAAAGCAUGAGGUGACAUCAUAUGUUGUCUUCAUGGACAGCUUGAUAGACACAGCUGAGGACGUGAGCCUGCUGUGCUCUCAAGGGAUCGUAAGGAACCUUCUCGGCAGUGACGAGGAUGCUGCCAAUGUCUUCAACAAGUUGGGCGAUGGCAUUGCAUACUCCCCAGAUGAUGAACUCCAUUGGCAAUUGCAGUCUUAUGUUGCCUCAGAUUGGAAUGCGGCGAGAGCAUAUUUGAAGCGAAACUACUUCCACAACCCAUGGUCUAUUAUGUCUCUACUUGCUGCCAUUGCCUUACUGGUUUUAACAUUUAUUCAGACACUAUUUACUGUGUUGGCUGAGGCAAAGGGCAAGUGAUAUUAUCUA